ACAAGGACACCAGACAUUGAGAAACGGCUGCUGGCUCGCUGGGCGAAGCAACUUCAUACGAUCAACACAGAACAAUGGCCUCAAACGAUGCAUUUAAAGUGUCCUCCCUGAAGGGGAAAGUGGCCCUAAUCACGGGGGCUAGCUCGGGCAUCGGAGCGGGCACGAGCGUCCUGUUCGCCAAACUCGGAGCACUUUUGGCUCUGAACGGCCGUGACGUGGACAACCUGAAGCAGGUCGCCAAGCGGUGCACCGACAGCGGAGCAGCCGAGCCGUUGCUGGUUCCUGGAGACCUCACCGACGAGGACACGGUGAGGAAGACGGUGGAGCAAACUGUCGCUCACUUCGGCCGACUCGAUGUCCUAAUUAACAACGCUGGUAUUCUGGCCAUGGGCAGCAUCGAGACCACAGACCUGGCUCAGUACGACCGGAUCAUGAACAUCAAUGUCAGAACCGUAUACCACCUGACUCAGCUUUGUGUGCCCCACCUCAUCAAGACCAAAGGCUCCAUUGUCAACGUGUCCAGUAUCAACGGACAGAGGUAGUUCCCUGGUGUGCUGGCCUACUGCAUGUCCAAGUCCGCCAUUGAUCACUUCACGCGUUGUACAGCACUUGAGCUGGCACCAAAGCAAGUCAGAGUGAAUUCUGUCCGCCCCGGUGUGAUCGUCACAGAGGUCCACAAGAGAGCCGGACUAGAUGAGGCCCAGUAUGCCCAGUUUCUUGCAGACUGUAAGCAGACCCAUGCCCUGGGUCGACCAGGGGAGGUGGACGAAGUGGCCCAAAGCAUCGCCUUCCUGGCGUCCGAUGCGGCCAGCUUCAUCACUGGAGUCAACCUGCCCAUCGACGGGGGCCGACACGCCAUGUGCCCGAUGUGAUAUUGUGUAUAUUAAGAUGCACCAGUCUGCUAAUAUAGGUCUUAACCUCCAAGUCUGCCUGUGUUUUAGUUUUUAGUUGCCACAACAACAAAAAUGAAAGUCAUCACUUCAAGGACAUUUUGUCUCUGUGUUUACAAUGCUAGCUGUCAGGGUUUGACAGUUCCAGGUGUGAAAUUAAUAUUCAUGACGCUAAAACACAGUUUAACUGUCGCAAGUAGGGAGUUUAAAUGCAUCUUUAUUUUUUCUCACUUUGCUAUUAAGU